AUGAGUCGUAUCCCUCCCCAAUCUCACUACAACCGAGCAACUCUUGGCAAGGAUGGAGACGAUGGAGAGUGGUCAAGCUUCGCAGUCCAGAUCGGAACUCCACCACAAGUAGUCAGGCUGCUGCCUUCAAUCACGGGUAACACGAUAUGGACGGUAUGGAGCUACGCAUGCGAAGGGUCAACUCUGCUCGACUGCCCUGCUGCUCGCGGCGGUGUCUUCAACAUGAGUGCUUCAACGACAUGGGAAGCUGAAGGCAACUACUCACUCCCGCUAAGCCCUCAGCAUUACCUGCCCUACUCUGGCGCCGCAGCCUUGGGCUCCGAAAACGUCACGUUUGGCUGGCCCGAACAGAGUGGCGAAUCCCUAUAUAACCAGCUUAUAUUCGCCUACGCAACUGAGGAUUUCUACGUGGGCAGCAUCGGGCUCAGCCCAGAACCUACCAAUAUUUCUUCGUUCAACAAUCCGAUCCCAAGCGUCACUGGCGCCCUUCGACAAGGGGGUCUUAUCCCUAGCAUAUCCUGGAGCUACCUUGCCGGAGCGUCUUACUAUUCUUUUCCUAUCAUGGCAUUUGGUAGCCUGACAUUUGGUGGAUACGAUGCGAGCCGUCUCAAUAUUAAUGCUAACCUUACGCUGGCGGGUGGCUCUGACCAGUACAGACCACUUCUUCUGGGGGUUGAGAGUAUUACUAGUGGCGAUACUGAGAUGCUUCCGGAACCCAUCAUCACUGCCCUAGACUCUAUUACGACUCAGGUUUGGCUUCCAAUGGCGGCGUGUCAAGCAUUCGAGGUAGCCUUUGGUCUUGUGUGGAAUGAAACUUACGAACUCUACCUUCUCAGCGAAAACCAACACUCGGCUCUCGUGACUAAGAAUGCAAGCGUCACAUUUACCCUGAGCACCGGAGUCUCAAAUUCUACGAAGCGCCUCAACAUCACUCUCCCGUACGCCGCAUUCGAUCUAAAAGCCAGCCCUCCUUUAGCUGGGGAUGGGACGUAUUUUUACUUCCCCCUCAAGCGAGCCGCAAACGAGACACAAUAUACCCUAGGCCGAGUGAUCCUGCAGGAAAUUUACAUCAUAGCAAAUUACGAAUGGGGUUACAUCACUUUGUACGAAGCCGUGUACCCAGAGUCGUCGGUCUCGCCUGAUAUCAUCACCAUAUGCGCUCAAAAUGAGACGACAUGCAUCAAUCCACCAAGCACUGCGACCAACUCGCGCAAGCUGUCGGCCGGGGCCACGGCGGGUAUCGUCAUUGGCGCCGCCCUCGUCCUCAUCGCGGUAGGUGCAGUCUUAUGGUUCAAAUGCUUCAAGAAGCCCAAGACCAAACGGCCACUAUCUGAUGCUGGCGGUGGCUCAAUAUGCGAAACCACUUCUGAGGUAGUAAGCCCAGUUGGUGUCGCGGAGAAACCAGAGCUCGACGGCAGAGUGAUAGGGAGCCCACGCAGCGAGCUCGAAGGAUACUAUAAACAUGACCGGGCGGCUUCAGUCGAAGAUAGCGGUUACACUUCUGCCUCGCAGCGCGGGGGGACAAGUAGCAGUGGCGGACUACUCUCCCCGUCGUCCGAGCGAGGAAGAAACGAGCCAUCAGAGUCCGGCGGUAGGGAGGUGCGGCAGUUUGGCGUUGAAGAGGUCCAUGAGCUGCCAGCAGAGACCCGCGCGUCCACGCGUCCGUCUGAGCUCAUGGGGAGUCUCCCCCGUCACGAGCUCCCUAGCUCGACAAGGUGGCCCAGGGGCUAG